UUAAGGGAAAUUAAAAAAAAAAGGAACAUCGGAGAAAGAGAUGGCGAAUCGCACGAGUGCAACGAACAAGACACAUGUGGGGAAGUACGUGUUCGGAAAGACGUUGGGAGAAGGAUCAUUCGCGAAGGUUAAAUUUGCGAGGAAUAUUGAAACCGAAGAAAAUGUAGCGAUCAAAAUCGUUGAUAAGGAGAAAGUUUUGAAGCAUAAGAUGAUCGGUCAGAUUAAACGUGAAAUCUCAACAAUGAAACUCAUUAGACACCCAAAUGUCAUCCGCAUGUAUGAGGUGAUGGCUAGCAAGACAAAGAUAUACAUUGUCCUGGAAUUCAUAACUGGUGGUGAACUAUUUAACAAAAUUGCUAGCAGAGGGAGGCUUAAGGAAGAUGAGGCUAGAAAGUAUUUUCAACAGCUUAUUAAUGCUGUGGAUUAUUGCCAUAGCAGAGGCGUUUACCAUCGAGACCUGAAGCCAGAGAACUUGCUGCUGGAUGCUAAUGGAGUUCUUAAAGUUUCGGACUUUGGUUUGAGUGCUUUACCUCAGCAAGUUGGAGAUGAUGGAUUACUUCACACAACCUGCGGAACACCAAAUUAUGUUGCUCCAGAGGUGAUCAACAAUAAAGGCUAUAAUGGAGCUAAGGCAGAUCUUUGGUCAUGUGGUGUAAUACUCUUUGUCUUAAUGGCAGGCUACUUGCCUUUUGAGGACCCCAAUUUAAUGGGUUUAUACAAGAAGAUAUUUAAGGCCGACUUCAAUUGUCCUCCUUGGUUCUCCACAAGUGCAAAGAAAUUAAUCAAGAGAAUCCUAGACCCUAAUCCAUUGACUAGGAUAACUAUUGCUGAGAUUAUUGAGAAUGAGUGGUUUAAGAAAGGUUAUAUGCAACCUAAGUUUGAGCAAGCUGAUGUUAGUCUUGAUGAUGUAGAUGCCAUUUUCAAUGAAUUAGGGGAUUCUCAAAACUUUGUAGUCGAACAGCGAGAAGAAGGGUCUGUUGUACCUGCUACUAUGAAUGCAUUUGAACUUAUCUCAACAUCGCAGGGCCUCAACCUCGGUAGUCUGUUCGAGAAGCAAAUGGGACUUGUUAAACGGGAAACAAGAUUCACAUCAAAAUGUCCUGCUAAUGAGAUAAUCUCAAAAAUCGAAGCAGCUGCGAUGCCCAUUGGUUUCGGUGUGAAGAAAAAUAACUACAAGAUGAAGCUUGUGGGAGAAAAAACUGGGCGCAAGGGUCGUUUGGCUGUAACAACAGAGAUUUUUGAGGUGGCUCCUUCACUUUGCGUGGUUGAACUUCGAAAGUCCGGUGGAGAUACAUUGGAAUUUCACACGUUCUAUAAUAAUCUCUCUGCUGGGUUAAAAGAUAUUGUUUGGACAACAGGAGAUGCAGGAAAAGUGGAGGAAAAGGGAGGUUAGUAUAACCUGCAAUUUUAUAGGG